UUUCAUACUAAAUCGACUCGUGGAACUAUCUAAUAUUUUUAGUACUAAAAUCAUUACUGAAAUUAGCAUAUUGGCAAACGUGUCUUAGGUAUCUGCCGAUCCUGCUAAAUAAUCAAAAUACUCAUACAAUUAGAAGUUAAUUCACGUAGAAUGUUUCUAAAUUUAUGUGGUAUUCUGACGAAAUUCUCUAUAAACCAAAACAACUGGAUGAAAGAUUUUUAUAGCCAUUUUUGUAUGCAGUUCUAUUUUAGAAAUGUUAAUAUGGUACUCAAAAACGGUUUAGUAGUUUUUCUUUUGUCAGCGGCGUUUAAAGUAAAUGCUGCUGAUAAUGGACCUGAAGUACAGACUCCAUUGGGUCGCGUAAGAGGUGUUUAUAAAAAGUCAUUCGAAGGAUACCCAUACAGCUCCUUUGAGGGAAUACCUUAUGCGAAACCACCAAUUAAUGAACUUCGUUUUGAGGAACCUGUUCCUGUCGAACCGUGGAACGAAGUGAUUGAUGCGACAAAGUCAUCUGCCUGUCCACAGCGAGAUCUUAAAGGACUGGGACCUGUCAUUGGGGAAGAAGAUUGCUUAUAUCUUAAUAUAUACGUACCAGGUGAAGUCAAUACUAAAAACAGCUACGAUAUACAUUUCUUAAUUCACGGAGGUGCCUUAAUGAAUGGCUCUGGACAAAUGGCAAGCGAUUCCUUUAUGAUGGAUAAUCAAAAUGUGAUUUUCGUUUCAUUCAACUACAGAUUAGGACCACUAGGAUUUUUAUCAACGGAAGAUAACGAAGUACCGGGAAACAACGGUAUGAAGGACCAAGUGAUGGCUCUUAAGUGGUUACGAGAUAAUAUCCACUCAUUUGGUGGAAAUCCACAAUCUAUUACCAUAAGUGGAUUCUCAGCAGGGGGAUCAUGUGUCCAUCUUCUUUAUUUAUCACCUUGGUCAAAAGACCUCUUUAUUAGAGGAAUUUCCAAUAGCGGUUCAGCUAUCAGUCCUUGGUUUCUUAAAGAAAAACCUCUAAUAUUUGCCCAAAAACUGGCUGCAGAUGUCGGCUGCCCGACAUCACCCACAUCAGCAUUAAAAGCUUGCCUGAAAGAAAAACCUGCGAAUCUAUUGAUGGAACAAAUCGAGAAUUUUAUGGAGUAUGUUCAUUUGCCAAUAUCGCCUUUCGGAGUUGUAAUUGACACAUGGGCAAACAAUCCUUUUUUGCCCGAACAUCCUUAUAGUUUGUUGGAGCGUGGGAAAAUAUUGGAUUUGCCAUGGAUUGUUUCGGUUAAUAGAGAUGAAGGAAUAUUCCCAAGCGGAUAUUUUUGUACAGAUCAAGAAGCAAUAAACAGAGAUUUUCUAGACAAAGCCCACUUAUUGCUGGACUAUAACUAUACAUAUCCAGAAAAAGAUAGAAAAAUAUUUGCCAAGAAGAUCAGGGACUUCUAUUUUGGACAAAAUGAUAUAAGUGAAGAAAAUUUUGAUAAACUAACGCAGAUGUUUGGUGACCGUUUAUUCAAGUCUGGUAUCGAAAUCUCUGCAAAGCUACAAGCUAGCGCUAAUAAAGAAUCAGUCUAUGUAUAUUUCUUCAAUUAUGAUGAAAGUAUUAAUAAAUUAGCUGAUUUCUUCUGCCCAGAAAUGAAAGUUAGUGGUAUUGCCCAUUGUCAGGAUACUGUAUUUGCAUAUGGAUGUUUCUUAUUUCAUGAAUUAGCCGAGAAUGACAAACAUAUGAAGAAAAUAUUUAAUAUUUUUAUGAAUUCAUUUAUUAGUAAAGGGAAACCUUUUAUCAGUGAGAACUUAGAAUGGUUACCAACCAAAGGAAACAAUCUGUCAUUUAUGAAUAUUACCAACGUUGACAAUAUUAAAAUGGAUACAGCAGCUUCUUUGUAUCCCACAGAUAUCUGGUCUGAACUAAAUAAAUCUGAAUUCCAGAAUUAGAAUGUCCAAAUGAAGAUAAAAGGAAAAACAAAUAACAAAUAAUAUAACAAAAUUUUGUACAGUCGGAAAAAUGAAAGAAUACCCAUGAACGAACAUAUAAAACACGCUGUAUUUUCCUGUCACCGUGUCACAAAGAAAAUUGUCCAGUGCAAGUACAUGCAACAAAAAUUAUUACAUGUACUUGCGCUGCCAAUUUUUUGUGUGACAGGAAAUACAGCGUGUUUUAUAUGUUCGUUCAUGGGUAUUCUUUCAUUUUUCCUACUGUACUAUAGGUGAAUUGUUAUUGAAUAUUUUUAUACAGAUUAAACAGUUCUCAAAGAUGAUAAUAUAAAAUGAUUAUUAUGGUAACUACAACCUUUUUGCUGAAAGUUUUUUACUUUGCUUUUACUUUUAAAUUAUUUUGUUGUAUUUUUGUGAUACAAAGUAUUACAAAGAAAUUAUAAAUUAUAGAAUAUUUGAAAAAGUUAUACCUAGAUUAUUUUUAACAUUAAUAUUACAAAAGAGUGAGAAUAAAUUGACAAUAAUGCGACAAUUUUUCGAAAAAUUGUUUCUUGGCAAUAGACACGAGAGCCCGGAGGGCUCGAGUAGCUAUUGCUUAUUGGAAACAAGUUUAAGAAAGAAAAUUGGAGCAUUAUUCUCAAUUUAUUCUCACUCUCUUUUCAAUUUUUUCUUACUAUCGUGUGAUAUUCGAUAGAUUAUUUUUUAAUACUUACAUAUAAAAUUCAAAUCUUUCUAUAAAAACAUUCAGUGACAUUCAUCCUAAUUAAUGCGACACACAUUUUUCAACUUGUCAAAGUAAACAGCACAGUUUAGCAAAUAUUUAGACGAAUAUAAGAAUAAAAUAUAUAAACUUA